AUGGAAGAGGAGCUGAAGUGCCCGGUGUGCGGCUCGCUCUUCCGGGAGCCCAUCAUCCUGCCCUGUUCGCACAAUGUCUGCCUGCCCUGCGCUCGCACCAUCGCCGUCCAGACCCCGGAGAGCGAGCAGCCGGACUCGGAGUGCGCGGCGGGCGGCGGCGGGGACCACGCGGACAAGCUGAGCCUGCACAGCGAGACCGACAGCGGCUACGGCUCCUACACCCCCAGCCUCAAGUCCCCCAACGGCGUGCGGGUGCUGCCGCUGGUGCCGGCGCCCCCGGGGGGAGCGGCGGCGGCUCCCCGGGGCGCCGGCCCCGCCAGCUCCUCCCUCACCUGCCCGCAGUGCCACCGGAGCGCCUCCCUGGACCAGCGCGGCCUCCGCGGCUUCCAGCGCAACCGGCUGCUGGAGGCCAUCGUGCAGCGCUACCAGCAGGGCCGCGCCGCCGCCGCCGCCGCCAAGUGCCAGCUCUGCGACCGCAGCCCGCCCGAGCCGGCCGCCGUGCUGUGCGAGCAGUGCGAGGUGCUCUACUGCUCCGCCUGCCAACUCCGCUGCCACCCGGCCCGCGGGCCCUUCGCCAAGCACCGCCUGGCCCCGCCGCCCGGACACCCGGGCGCCCCCGGCGGCGGCGGCGGCGACGGCGGCGGCGGCGGCGGGAAGGGGGCGGGCGGCGGCCGCAAGCUGCCGACCUGCGCUGAGCACGACCUGGAGAACUACAGCAUGUACUGCGUGAGCUGCCGCAGCCCCGUCUGCUACCAGUGCCUGGAGGAGGGCAGGCACGGCAAGCACGACGUGAAGGCCCUGGGCGCCAUGUGGAAGCAGCACAAGGCACAGCUAUCUCAGGCUUUAAAUGGCAUUUCAGAUAAAGCAAAGGAAGCUAAAGAAUUUCUGGUUCAGCUGAAAAAUUUGUUGCAGCAGAUCCAGGAGAAUGGGUUGGAUUAUGAAGCCUGUCUUGUCGCUCAGUGUGAUGCCUUGGUUGAUGCAUUAACGCGACAGAAAGCGAAACUGCUCACAAAGGUGACCAAAGAACGUGAGCACAAGCUGAAGGUUGUUUGGGACCAGAUAAAUCACUGUACACUGAAGCUACGCCAGUCAACAGGGCUUAUGGAGUACUGCUUAGAAGUUAUCAAAGAAAACGAUCCCUCUGGAUUUUUGCAGAUUUCAGAUGCUUUAAUCAAGCGUGUUCAGGUAUCUCAGGAGCAGUGGGUGAAAGGAGCCUUGGAGCCAAAAGUGUCUGCUGAGUUUGACUUGACUCUGGAUAGUGAACCUCUACUGCAGUCAAUUCAUCAGCUGGAUUUUAUUCAGAUGAAAUUUCCUGUUACAGUGCCACCCGUCCCAUUACUGCAGCUGGAGAAGUGUUGCACCAGAAACAACAGUGUGACAUUGGCCUGGAGGAUGCCACCUUUGAGCCACAACCCAGUGGAGGGUUAUAUCUUGGAACUUGAUGAUGGAGAUGGUGGCCAAUUCCGAGAAGUAUAUGUUGGCAAGGAGACUCUCUGCACCAUUGAUGGUCUUCAUUUCAACAGUACCUAUAAUGCAAGAGUCAAAGCUUUCAACUCAUCGGGAGUUGGCCCUUACAGCAAGACAGUCAUUUUACAGACAUCAGAUGGUGAGUUGAGUUUUUGCCAGUUUCUAAGUGAAAAAUUGCAGGUCUCAGUGGCAGGACACUUGCAUCCCUUUAUACCAACUAAUAUCUUUGGCACUUACUGGCACGCAGAUUUUGGAUCAUCUGAGCAGAGAGGCCAGACACUGAGCAUGCACAGGGAGGGAGCUCUCCUCCUAGCACUUUUGUGGAUUUUCCAUUCAGUUUCCGUAUCAUGGAGCAGUCUUUUGGCCUGGUUCACCUUUGACCCUUCCUCAGCUCACAGAGACAUAGUGCUGUCGAAUGACAACCAGACCGCCACGUGCAACAGCUACGAUGACCGGGUUGUUCUUGGCACAGCAGCCUUCUCCAAGGGUGUGCACUACUGGGAACUGCACGUGGACCGGUAUGACAACCACCCCGAUCCAGCCUUUGGCAUUGCCAGGAUUAAUGUUGUCAAGGACAUGAUGCUCGGCAAGGAUGACAAGGCAUGGGCCAUGUAUGUUGACAACAACCGCAGCUGGUUCAUGCACUGCAAUUCUCACACCAAUAGGACUGAAGGAGGAGUUUCUAAAGGUGCCACCGUUGGUGUUCUCCUGGAUCUGAACAAGCACAACCUGACCUUUUACAUCAAUGGGCAGCAGCAAGGACCUCCAGCAUUUGAAAACGUGGAAGGUGUCUUCAUGCCUGCAUUGAGUCUCAAUCGAAAUGUCCAGGUGACCCUGCACACAGGACUGGAGGUGCCACAAUGUGUGAAACAGCCCAAGUUGCCCAACAAUUAACGAAGCCCCUGCCUGACCCCAUGCUGGAUUCUGUAAGCUUUCUCAGUGUGAUUUGGCACUUUUCAGUAAGUCAGUAAAAAAAGCAUUCUUUUCCCUGACUUAAGACAUUGUACAGCAUGUUGCUCACAGAAUAUUCUGCUGGUUACAGCUAGCCACUCUAUUUUUAAUUCAACAGCCAUAGCAAGCAAACCCACUGAACUGGCACUUGAUUGCAGAUGGGGACCUGAACAUAUAUGGACACUGCAUUGCAUACAUAUGUACACAUGUGCACACACAUACACGUACAUUUAUAAAGCAAAAUGUUAAAUUAGUGCAUUUUCUCUCACAGCUUGAUUUGUGCCUGAAGGAUAUUAGGGAUGAUGGAAAAAUGAGUAAGACCAAGACUGAGGGACAACAGCUGUUGAAACAAUUUAUCAGUAGGUGAACCGGAUUCCCGUGUCACCUGAAGUCCUUAAAUCCAGAAAGCAUAUGUUUUGACAGCUGAAGUGGAGGCUGUGUGCUCAAGAAUUCCUGUUUGUCCAUUACAUUCAGGGUCUCAAGUGACCAUUAAUUAUUCUUUCUAGCUCUAGACUGCAGUAAGAUGUGGAAUAACUUUUCCCUAGAAUUCAGUGGCAAAAUGUCACCAUUUGAUUCAGUUUGACAACAAUGGUCUCGAUCCCCUCUCCCUCCCACCCAGGUAGGGAAGGAGAGAGAGAAUUAGGAGGGAGACGCUCUGGAUAGAAAACUAAACCACACAGCUUUAAUUAAACACUAAUGAUAAAAGAAAAUAUAUACAAUUAUAUACAAAUGUGUUCAGAUAUGUGCAAAAGCCUCUCGCCUGCCCCCACCUCAGCAACUCCCACAGCAUCUCCUUAGCUGCAAAUAGUCCCAAAAAAUUCCAGACUGCUGCUGGAGAAAGUACAGAGUGAUGAGGGUCAGGAGAGCUUGAGCCUGGGGGUCAGUGGUGAUGGAUGGAUGGAGUCCUCCCUGGAUGCCAGCCAUGGACAGAAGAGAAGGGAAGAAGAAGCAGGAAGGAAGUUGUCUUCUGUGAUCUCUGACCUUCCUCUGAGCUUACGUAGAUACAUGGAAUGGAAUAUCUCUGGCCAGUUUUGCUGUCUGUCUAACCCAGCCUCCUAUGGGGGGGUCAUAGAUCUCCCCGUAGUGUCUGAGCCACCAGAGUGAAGGUGCAACCUUGAAGACCCAGCAGUUAGAAAAACAUUCCAGCUGUUAUCAGCCCAAGCUGGAACACUUUGCUACUAGUUAAAAGCAAGCUUACUGAAAGAAAAAAAAAGUCAGUAAAAGGAAAAAUAGCUUCAUCCUGGCUCAAAACAGGACACAGGACUUAUCUCGUUGCCUUCAACGAGGUUGUGGUUAUUAGCACAACUCUUGAAAAAUGGUGCAGAGGAGAUCCCUUUGAAUUGAUAAGAAAUCUUUUAAAAAUAUGCCACAUGCAAAAUGUCCCAUGUAGAGAAAUGCUGCUUUCCAGCCUUGAUUGUGAUAAUCCGUGGGCAGCUGUAGUUCCAAUGUAGCUUUGAGAUCAGAAGCCUUAAUUUUCUACUAGAUUAGUGUGAGCUAAUUAAUGUCUUGAUCCUAAUUAAGCACUUGAGGGAGACAGAUUCAUAGCAUUAACGUGAAAUCUGACCCUAGGAAUUUUUCUGGAUUGGGACAUAAAACUUUUGCAAGACUUACCUGUGUCUGGCAUCUCCCAUGAAAAUGCUUGUGGCAACUGGAGUCUGACUGACAGGGAGCUUUUCCUGCAGCUGUGGCACUCUCACCUGUGUGCUGUUGUUGGAGAACACAUAGAUUUGUGUGUGUGCUUCUUUCCUCUGAACCCAGUUCAUGUAUGCAAGUUUGUGUGCCUAUAGUAGCAAUGCUAAGGAUGAGAUGCAGCAGGCUGUGUGAGCCAGUGACAUCUCAGACUCUGUCACUCAAAUCCUACAUAAGUGUGGUGCUAUCAGACAGGAAAAGCAUAAAAUACUGUCAGUGUACUAUUUGCUUUUUAAAAAAUCCUGCUGCUUAUACAAAUGUGACUCUCCAAGCAUACAUAUACGCACACGCAUAUUGUUAUCAGACAUGUAAUUGUUAAACCUAAAAACAAAUAUGCUAAACAAAAUCCAGCUUACUGCCUUGCAUUAAACCACAGCCACAGGACAAACAGCCCAGGCCUGUUUUUGGACACCUGCCAGUUCCUAAGCAUCUGCUGCAGGUCUGCUUCUGGUCUGUGGCCAGAGCACGUCACUCAGGUCCUGCUGAGCAGUGGCAAGAGCCGCCAGGAUCCUCCCUGGGGUCAUCCCACCUCGCAGCCCCUGUGGGGAAGGAGAGGCAGCCCAGAAGGACACAGUUCUGGGCUACUGCAUGGACAAAAAGUAGUCUGCCGUCAUGCUGCCUGUGACUGACCAAGCAUCCUGUAGCCCACCUCUCCUGCAGAACAGCAGUGCACGUUCAGUGAUGUCAGGACUGAAUUAGGAAAUAAAAUCAAUGGCGGAAAUAAAUAACAUAAGCUUUUAAGUGGGAAAGCAAAGGUACUUCCUUCAAAGUCUGGAAUGGAUUGUGUUAGUAAAGUUGUAGACGUUGGAGUAACUGUGCUAUGCUCUUCUUGGUUUCUUAAAAGUAGUGGAGACCAACUGUGUUACAGUUUUUGGUUUUGUUUAAUACCAUAUGAACCUGUGCAGGAUUUUCUAAUUAGCGGGUCUGUUUUAACCUACCUCAGCUGGAAUGCUACCAGACCCCGAACUUCUUCUUAAGUGUGCUCUUCUAUGAACUUAACAGUUGUAAUGAUAGCAUUGGCUUGGAGUAUUGCUGGUCAGGGAAGUGUAUGGAAAUACUGUACAUAAGUUGCACAUAGUUUUUUAUAUUGGGAAGCAUCCCGUGAUAAUUUUAAUACAGAAGGCACUCCACUUUCACUUGUUGCAUUAAAAACAGAAAGGCAUUGUUUGUUUUGGGACUGAACCUUUGUCUUUUCUCCCAACUUCUGUGUAGGAAACUCAAAUGAAUUUACAUCUUUCCAACCUUCAACCAUUGUCAGAUGUUUAAAAUUAAUUCUGAAUGGGUUUUAGAAGUGUUUGCAGUACUUGUUUUUGGUUUUAAUAGUUGCUUCAGUAUUGGUUCCUGGUGUGUUAUAACUUGGGGAGAUCAUGGUGAGUGAUACAGGUUACUAAUUUUAAAUGGAAACACAAACAGUAGGUUGGGACCUGCUUCAGAGCUGUAGAGAAGCUUGUUUGUUAUCCUCUACACAUUCUAACACUCAUUAGAGUAUAGACUAGCUACCUUUAGAAUCUGCCUUUAACCUAGCAGAAAUGCAAAUAGAAUAAAAGGAAUACAGUUAGAAGUAGGUAACCUGCAUUAGUAAGACUAAUUUAGCCUAGAUCAAAAACUGAACAAAGUGGUCAUGUGUGUUGGUUGUGUACACAUUCAAGGACUUGGGUUUGGCAUGGACCAUAGCAAUAAACCACUUAUCCCAACAGUAUUGGUGUAUUCUCAUGACUUCAGGGAGUUUUAUUUCAGUAGUUUGAUUAACAGAAAUAAUG